CGGCUGGAUGUUGUGGUUGCUGUGGCUGUUCUGACGCUGCUGGAGGCAGAGCUGCAGUGCGGACAAACAGGCUGGAGCCGGAGAUCAGUACAGACACACGCCGCCCCGACAGCCCGCCCGGGUCCGCCUCAGCCAGGGACGCUGGUUCCGGUUCGGCUUUUCUUGUGAUUAGCCUUUCGGAUCCGGUCCAACAGGAGGAAGGAACCACUUCGCAUCAUCCUCCGCCCUUUCCCUUCCCCUCCUCCUCCUCUUCCUCCUCAACCUCAGCAUCAUUUUCAGCUGCAGCAGCAUCGGAUGAGUCCGGGACGGCGGCGCGGCUCCGAAAACAGAACCUGCGGUUUGUUUCUGGACUCUGUUGGUUCCGGACUCGUAGCGGGACGUCUGGCUUGUUGGACGGGCCCGGUCCGGGUUGGUAGCCCCCCUGUCUGAGGAGAAAUAAAUGGUGAUUUAGUCUUGUGGGAGUCUGAGGCCCAGACCUCGACCCCUCCUUAGAGGAACGGUGGGUUUUCUGGACCAGAACGUUUUGUGCCGAAGUAAAAUCCCAGAUGAAGAUUCCCAAAAGGCGGAAAAGGAGCGGACGGUGUGCCAGGCUGACAAAGGAACAGGAAGGGUUUUUUCCCGCUCAGGAUUUGUUGUAAACCAUCAGGUUUUCCAGGAGCUCAGAACUAUGAUAAAUGGCUCUUUUAAGCUUGGAGCUGCUCGAGUUCUGGCUAGCUGGCAGAUGCAGUGCCUAGUCCCCGGCCUCCAGGACAACGGCAACAUGAACGGGACGUCCGAGCAGGCCGACAUCCUGCCGCCAAACUGUAUGGUCAAGGACCGAUGGAAAGUGCUGAAGAAGAUUGGCGGGGGCGGGUUUGGGGAGAUCUACGAGGCCUUGGACCUGCUGACACGGGAGAAUGUGGCUUUAAAGGUGGAGUCGGCCCAGCAGCCCAAACAGGUGCUGAAGAUGGAGGUGGCAGUUCUCAAGAAGCUGCAGGGUAAAAACCACGUCUGUAAAUUUAUUGGUUGUGGGAGAAAUGACAAGUUUAACUACGUGGUGAUGCAGCUUCAGGGCCGUAACCUGGCCGACUUGCGGAGGAGUCAGCCCAGAGGAACCUUCACCAUGAGCACCACCCUGCGACUCGGCAAGCAGAUCCUGGAGUCCAUCGAAGCCAUCCACUCAGUGGGAUUCCUGCACCGCGACAUCAAACCGUCAAACUUUGCGAUGGGCCGGCUCCCCUCCACUUACAGGAAGUGCUACAUGCUGGACUUUGGUCUGGCGCGUCAAUACACCAACACCUCUGGAGAAGUUCGACCGCCGAGGACUGUGGCAGGUUUCAGAGGAACGGUCCGCUAUGCCUCAGUAAACGCCCACAAGAACAAGGAAAUGGGUCGUCAUGACGACCUGUGGUCCCUGUUUUACAUGCUGGUGGAGUUCGCUGUUGGACAGCUGCCAUGGCGGAAAAUCAAAGACAAGGAACAAGUCGGUCAGAUUAAAGAGCGUUACGACCACCGGAUGCUGCUCAAACACAUGCCUUCAGAAUUCAAUAUCUUCCUGGAUCACGUCCAGGCCUUGGACUACUACACCAAACCAGACUACCAGCUGUUGAUGUCAGUGUUUGAGAACAGCAUGAAGGAACGAAUCAUAACCGAGAACGAACCCUUCGACUGGGAAAAGGGAGGAAGUGAUGCAACGCUGUCAACCAGUGCCUCCACUCAGCCACAGCACAAUACCCGACCCACUGCAGCCAUUGUGGGAGCCAUUGUGACGCCGGUUCCUGGAGAUCCGCAGAGAGAAAACACAGAGGACGGUCUGCGGGAUGAACAUUUCAGCGAUCAGGAGAAUGCGCCUCCUCCGCCACCGAGCCGGCCUCCGGCAGAGACGGCCACACAGCAGAACGUCGGGGAGCCGGGAGAGGCCUGGGAGGACACAGACUUCAACCGCAACAGACUCAGGAUCAGCCUUAACAAGGGAGCUGAGGAAGAUGAGGCGGAGCGAGGGGCCUGUCCAGUGUCACCAGUUCGAGGAGGAGGCCCGGAGUCACCGACAGGUCAGGGUCGGUCUUUACGGUACCGUCGGGUCAACAGUCCAGAAUCUGAUCGCCUGUCUGCUGCUGAAGGCCGAGUCGAUGGCUAUGGACAGAGGUCUAGGAUGGACAUGCUGGGCUCUCCUUCUCGUCACGUUUACUCCUCCCAGCCGGCUCAGAUGCUCUCAGUUGACCCCGGUUGCCGUGGUGACCGUCAGGCCAGUGGGCGCCAGGAGGUGUCGGUGGCUUCUGUUGACCAGGAGGCGCACAGCAACGCUUUCAUCCGGUCCGUCCCGCUGGCCGAGGAGGAGGACUUUGACAGCAAAGAGUGGGUGAUCAUCGACAAAGAGGCGGAGCUGCGGGACUUCCACCCCACCACGUCAGGAACCACCGACGAGGAGCCAGAGGAGCUCCGCCCGCUGGAGGAGCAGGAGGAGAGGAGGAGGCUCAGGGCUGGAGGAGGCGAGUUGGUGGUCCGUCCCAAAACUCACACUCGCGACAGCAGCCGCGGGAUGCUCACGCUAACGGAAGAGGAGGCGUCAAGAAGAAGCGGCGGGAGCCCGGCUCAGUCACCGUGCCACUCGCUGCCGUCGGGACGCCCUCGCAGAAGAGAGUCGGAGCCCACUGGACCUCAGAGACCGGUCUUGUCGCCCACGGAGCAGAACAUCCCGUCUCCGUCAUCUCCAGACUAUCGAACAAAAGCUCAGGGUGAUGAGAUGGAGCACUUCCACAUCCUUCCUCAGCUGCAAGCCAAGAGGGCCGACUUUCUCACCGUCAUGCUGACCGGUACACUGCCUCAGCGCAGGAGCUUCGCCACGCCCGACGAAGAGGUACCAGAACCUCCUGGGCCGAAGGACGACGACGUCACAAAGAGCGAGUCCAACAGCGAGGCGAGUCAGAAAAGCACCGAGCGCAGCCAGGAUGCUGCACCUUCAACACUGAUGGCGGAGGACCAGAGGGGCCCGAGGGAGCACGCUUCGGCUGCUGAUGCAGACCCGGAUCUGGAGGACGCAUCCAAAACUCUGGUUCUGUUCUCGCCCGGAGACACUCGCAAGUCUCCCUGUGGCGGGGAAGCUGUCCUGGAGGGGGAACUGGCCACGCCAAAUGCUCUAAAUUCUCGUAAUGACCGCUUACUGACCGGGGAGGGGAUUCAGCCUGAACUGUCCGAGACGGGCCGCCUGUCACCGGCCCUCCGCUCAGAACUGAGACCUUCCACUCCCAUCGCUCCUGGGUCACCGCCCUUUACCAAAGUCGAGCGCACUUUCAUUCACAUCGCAGAGACGUCACACCUCAACGUCAUGUCGUCCAACGGUCACUCUGCGAAGGAGAGUGACCGGGAAGUCUUAACCGCCACGAGGGAAUCGGCUGCAGACGUUGACAGCCAGGAGCAGGAAGUUGCAUCAUUGUUGAAAGAGACCGGAGGGGAGAGUGUGCCGGACCAAACCAGUACAGAGGCUAAGCAACCAAAAACCGAAAACGGCCCGUCAGCCGUCUUUCCCGUGUCCAUGGACUCCUCCUCUAAAGGCACCUCACCGGUUUACGAUCGUAAAGAUCCGUCCCAAGAAGCGAAGAAGCAGCUAUCGUCCAGCGAGGAAGCUGUAAAGCUCCACCCUGCUGGGUCAGAACCGUUGGUGAGCGCCAAGCCCAGAAUCCGGAGCAGAAUCCCAAUCCUAAUCUCUGAAGAGGACUCGGGCUCAGAGCAGUCCUCCUCCCUCUCGGCCCGAUUUCGGCUCCAGCAGCGCGCCCGGCAGCUGGACCUGGCGCGCCUGCUGGUUCAGAAGCAACAUGGCCGCUGGAUGAGGAGGAGGAUGCUGUCCGGCACGUCUUCAUCGCUGUCAUCAGGGGACGACGAGCGCUGGAGGGCGUCGGAGACUUUAUCCACGACGGGGUCGGAGGAGGACGUGCAUGUCUCGGACGAGUCCAGGAGGAGUUCGCGUCUCAAACCGACUGAAGAGCAAGGCUCCAAAGACUGCAGGAGCAAAAUCCCUCGACCUGUCCCCCCCAUAAAAAGACCACCAGGGGGCGCCGCUGCUGCUGCUUCUCCGCUCUCUUUGCCAGAUGCCAAAAAUACAAAAGGAGCUUCAUCUGUCAUCAAUGGAAGUCAGAAAGCUGGGCUAGCCACCCAAAAGAAACCUAAGCCCGUCUCAUCUCGGUCCUCCUCCUCCUGUCCCCGUCCAUCAGCCGUCUCCGGUCCACACGGCAGCCCACGGAUGCCGCUACGCGCCCUGCUGGGAGGCCGGCGCAGCCUUAGCUCCACCCACUGCAGGACUGACAGCCCCUCUCCUCAGAGGACGUGCCCAUCCAGGCAGCCCCUCUCGGUUCGGGCCCCCACUGUCCCCAUGCUGCCACCCAGAACUACAACUAUGCGUCGCAGCGCCUCCCAGGAAGCCACCGCGCAGACCUCCACAGCCGCUGCGCCUGCCAGGCCCAGGCCGAAACCCGCCGGCGGGGCUAAAGCGAAAGCGAAUGCCAGGGAUAAGGCGGUGCCUGCUAGAUAAUACAGAGGCACUCGGAUCCGAGACCUGUUGGUGUGUUAUCAGUCUCCUGUCAAGUUACGCCUCAAAGGUUUUCACAGCAAGAGACUCUGGUGUUACAAUAACUUCAAAUUCAUCUAAUGGAAACGGACAUUGUAUGUUUUUUUGAAGGACACCGAACUGAACUGUAUUUGGGCUUCCAGUUUCCUGACUGACUGUCGUUCAGGAGCUUUGCUGCCACGGUGCUACGGAUGCCUCUGCUGCUCCCUGGUUGAUCCCUGAGUUAACUUCUUCUUCUUCCUCCAGCCGAGAGUCAUGGCCCCCGUUUUCAGAUAUUCUCACAUAACACAGUAUUCCCAGCUUUCCACAACUAUGCUAGUCUUCUGUCGACGAUACUCUGCUUGGUUCACAUUGCAUGGUAAAGUAUAUCACAAAUGCAUUGAAUCUGUACAGGGAAAACUGUAUUAAAAGUGACUUAAUAUAGAUCUUCCCAUCUUAUUUUCCAUAAAUAAGCCAAAUUGGAGUGGAUUUAGCGCCGAGUUAUGUUGGCAUGUAGAAGAUUCCCAAAUAUAUUCUGAACUGGCAGUGAAUGAAGAGAAGCAUAAGAACGGACUCCAAGAGAAAGCGUUCGGCCGCUCGCCUCCUCCUCAUGGUGUGACAUUGGGCAUGCUUUAAACAUUCUAUUUUUGAGGGUAUAUUUUGUUUAUUCCCUAAAAUUGUACAUAACAGAAUCAUUUCCAUGAAAGACAUCUUUAUUUUUUAUCUUGCCAAGCAAAUAGUAAACCCGAGUCUUUAACCUUGUGUUCCAGUGUGUUGGUAAUAGGCCUUUUUUUUUCUUCUUCUUUUGAUCGCAUGAGAAAAACAGGGUUUAACCAUGAGAGGAAGUUAUUCCUGCUUAGAUUUGGUGCAAACUUGUGCUGAAUGUUGGAGCCUGUGUUAGUCUGGGGCUGCAGGGCACUGAGCUGUGAAGUAAAGUCUUGGUGAUGUGGA